AGAAUCCAUAUAUGGAUAAAAUAAAAUCAGGGAAAUUAGUCGAAAAGUUCAUCUCGUGGAAGAAAGUAGUUCAGGAAAUUCAUUAAAAUGUCGAUUUUUCGCUUCAAUAAAUGCUGCUGCAUCUUUGAAUUGGCCACUGGAGGCAUUAUUCUGGGCUGGCUUAACCUGGUUAUGUCCAUCGUGAACUUUGUCUUGUGCUGCGUGAUCCUGAGUGCAUCUGACAAUGUUAAACAACAAUCCUUUUCUGCGGGAGUUUACGCAGUGGAAUUCUUCUUCGGGAUUCUUAUAUGCAUUGUGACGCUGCUGAUUGUGUCGGAUCUCUUGCUGAUUGUAGGAGCUAUGCACAAGAAAGCCCUUUACACUAUCCCAUGGCUCUUCAAUGAAUUCAUCUUCCUGCUCUUCAACUUCAUUGCGAUCUUCCUGUCAUCGGACUUUUCCUACAUCAUGGCCAUGAUUGCCUUUUUCACCUUCAGGCUCUACCUCUGGCUCUGUGUGUACUCCCUGUACGCAACUCUCAAGGAAUGGCCAGCAGUUGACCAGAAUAACUUCACAUAUUCCCGAAAGAUUUUUGAGCCAACCUUGGGAUACUCGAAUAUUUAAAAAAAAAGUAUUAUUUUCUCAUCUUCUUGAAGUCAUAUUUAAUUCUGGGGGGUUUUAUUGAAUUUUGUUGUCCAAACCCAUUCCCAUGAAUCAUUUCAUUUAAUUUUUUCCUCAAUUAUUAUUUUUCAAUUUUCGGUAGAAAUAUUUUAUUUUGCCCAAUAAUAAAUAAAAUAUAUUUCAAGAAAAUAUGGAGAAUUUAUAGGAUUAAAUAUUCUGGGUCAAUGAAUUAGUACUUUCUA